GCCGGAAGUGGAGCUUCCGGAAUUGGCGUCCGUGCGGGAAGUGGAGUCUCGGGGAUUCGGGGUCCGGGCGUGAUGACGCGCGUUCGCGGGAAUACGUGAGGACGCAGGCGGGUGUUAGAGAGAGUGCUGUUCUCUGUGUCCCUUCCUGGGUUCCUAAUCCUCAGUCACAGCUCCCCAUCUGUGCUCCUGGUACCCAGUCAUGCAGCGGAGAUCAAGAGGGAUCAACGUUGGGCUCCUCAUGCUCCUUUCCCAAGUGUUCCAUGUUGGGAUCAACAAUAUUCCACCUGUUACCCUGGCAACGUUGGCUCUCAAUGUCUGGCUCUUCCUGAAUCCUUUGAAGCCCCUGUACCAUUCCUGCCUCAGCGUGGAAAAGUGUUACCAGCAAAAAGACUGGCAGCGUUUACUGCUUUCCCCCUUGCACCAUGUAGAUGACUGGCAUUUGUAUUUCAACAUGGUGUCCAUGCUCUGGAAAGGGAUAAAGCUGGAGAGAAGACUGGGAAGCAGGUGGUUUGCCUACGUCAUCACCACCUUUUCCCUACUCACCGGGGUGGUGUAUUUGCUCCUGCAGUUUGCUCUUGCUGAAUUCAUGAAUCAGCCCGACUUCAGAAAGAGCUGUGCUGUCGGUUUCUCAGGAGUUCUGUUUGCCUUGAAAGUUCUUAGCAACCAUUAUUGCCCUGGCGGCUUUGUCAACAUUUUAGGCUUUCCUGUCCCCAACAGAUUCGCUUGUUGGGCAGAGCUGCUGGCCAUUCACUUCUGCUCUCCAGGGACUUCCUUCGCUGGGCAUCUGGCCGGCAUCCUUGUUGGACUGAUGUACACUCAGGGGCCUCUGAAGAAAGUCAUGGAGACAUGUGCAGGCCCUUUUUCCUCCAAUGUUGGGUAUCCAGGACAGCAGUACUACUUUAAUAGUGCAGGCCCCUCUGGCUAUCAGAAUCACUACCCACAUGGCAGACCGGGGGCCUAUGAAGAAACUCAUAGGAACUAUGAUGUCUAUACAGCAGGACUAAGCGAGGAGGAGCAGCUGGAAAGAGCAUUAAGAGCCAGCCUCUGGGACCGAGGAAAUGCCAGAAAUGGCCCCACACCCUAUGGGUUCCGACUCACGCCAGAAGAAGAAAUGAGGAGACAGCGCCUUCACAGAUUUGAUGGCCAGUGACAUGGCACCACGCCUGGGAAGACAUGGUCCAGCUGUGGGACCGUAGCCCAUUCAGUUUGCUCCCCAAGCCCCUACUUGGCUUUAAACAAAGGCAGAGCUUACUGUUAUUGUUGCAGAUCACUCGUGUCUGCCGUGAACUGCCACUCCAUGGCCCUUCUAUGUCCAGAUUCCCAAGCCCAGCUGACACAUCUGGAAACCAGGCUUGUCCCAGGAAGUGCACAGCUUUCCCUGAGCAGCCCCGUCUGGUCCUAUGCUCUCUCCUAAACCAAAGGUCACCUCUUCAGCUGGGACCAGUUUUCACACUCCCUUCCUUCCCAUAUGACUCAGUGGCACAUCUUCAUCGGGGUUGAAGACCUUCACAGGAAAUAUGUUUUCACCAGGUGAGAGGAUCAGCUCUCACUCUGCCUGGUACGCUGGGUGCUCGGCUUGGCAGGAGGUGUACCGCCACUCUUGGUCCUCCUGGCAUGUUUCCACGGUGACGUGGGAAGACGAUGUGGCUGCCUUCCCGGGAUAUUCCAUCCUCUUUCACGCCGGCCCCUCGGGGUGCUUUGUCUGCAUGUAGAGUAUCUUGACUGGAGGGGAACAGGAAAGACACCUCCUCACUCGUCAGGUAUCCUGUGGCACCAGCAGUUUGGGUUCACAGCUACCCCUCCAGGAGCAGGAGACUUGUUAACUCCUUUGCAGAGCAGCAGUAAGUGCCACAUACAGAGCAAAGUGGAGAUAUCCCGUGGAUCUCUCACUGGGAAUCCCAUUUGCUGGAAGUAUUUUUUUUUUCCUUCAUACAAGUGCCUUUUCAUUGGCCACUGUGGCUGCUGCCUGUCAUAAACAAGUGUCCAAAACAAUGCCCCCAGAGAACUGCAGUGUUUAAUACACAGAUUGUCCAAGUCACUUAAGGGAUUUCUGUUGCUUGUGUUCUGAGAAUAAAAGGACAAAGCCAGAAUAUCGAUCGCUACUGCCUCACUGUCGUGGAGCAUUUAGUUAGGAGGGAGUUAGGAGCAGCAAAUGAUGCUCCCAUUUUAACUCACCAUUCAUGUAGAGUUUUCUAUUAUAAAAAUUGUAGACAGGCUUUCUUAAUGCACAAUGCGGACAUCUACAAAAGCAUACUAACUGUUAAUACAGAUUGGCUUUGGAGGGGGACUGUGUGGGACCUGACUUUCUUUGUUUACAAUUUUAUAUUCUAUUUUUAAUGUGUGUGUAUGUGCUUUCAGAAGACUAAUUAUAUAAUAAAUCAAGAAAUAUAUAACCAAUAAAA